AUGUCUUCGAAUAAGCAGCUCAAUGUUCUCAUAGUGGGAAUGGGUAUCGCUGGUCCCGUAAUGGCAGCUGCUCUGCGCAAGACUACAGACUAUCGCAUCACCAUUGUCGAUGGUGGGCCAGAAGACGCGCGUGCGCCCAUAGGUGGCGCUGUUGGGCUCGGUCCGAAUGGUCUCAAGGCUCUGAAGUUCAUAGGUGCUGAUAAUAUCGUCACCAAACGAGGCGGAAAGCUGGGAAUAGUAACGGUUAAGAGGGGAGACAGCGACAGUCUGUUGAUUCAAGAGCGACUGGGAGAUCUAUUCGAAGAGAAGUUUGGAUAUACGAUUUACUCCAUCGAACGCCAAAAACUCUGUGAUGGUCUGCGAGAAUUAAUCAAGGAUCGAGGCGUCGAUAUACGCUACAAUCUCAAAAUCAGCAGAAUUGAGGAAUCUGAAAACGCCGUGACAGCACAUUUCCGCAGUGGCGAACACAUCACUGCCGACUUGGUGAUCGCAUGUGAUGGCCUCCACUCCGUGGCGCGCCAAUACGUAACAGGAGAAAAUGUACAGCCGAACUUCACUGGAGCAAGCGUAGUUGUUGGCAUUUCAAAAUUGACCGCUGAAGAGGAGGCUACGAUAAUUCGUGGGGGAAAUAUGUUCCUGGGCUACGGUGCUUUCUUUGGUGCCUUUCCUAGCGAUGAAGACCACACGUGGGCGUGGUUCAACGGCUUUCCAAGCAAUGAUCCCGCUGGAGGCGAAGCAGAGUGGACAAAAGGAAACAGCAGUUUAGAAGAAUGCAAGAAGAUAUGCGAGAAUAAGAUUCAGGGUUGGGAGGCAUCUUUACCUUCCCUCUUGAUCUCAAAAGCCGUCCGGGCGGUCCCUCUUGGUAUUUACGACCGCCCCCCUCUACCCACCUGGCAUCGCGGACGGGUUGUGCUAUGUGGUGACGCUGCACAUCCGACUACUCCGAUCGGUGGACAAGGAUCUCAAAUGGCCAUUGAAAGUGCAGUUAUCCUUGCGCGCCUCCUCGCGGCAAAUGGUCCCUCGGACGCAACGUUUAGCAAGUUUGCCUCGAUUCGUCGCUCACGCACAGACAGAGUGACUGCUAGCUCGCGACGAGGCUUGUCUGCACUCGCGAAUAACAGCAUCUUACAGGUUAUACGUGACAUAGUAUACUGCAAUACGAGUGAUCCAAUUCUCCUCACUGGGUCAAAAAUGUCGUCGGACAGCGAUCCAUUCUACUUUCGUUACUACACGGGCCACUCUGGCAAGCACGGUCACGAGUUUCUCGAGUUUGAAUACUCGCAUGGUCGCCUCCGAUACGCGAACAACUCGAACUAUCGCAACGAUUCGCUCAUCCGUAAAGAAAUGUUCAUUGGCCCCCUGGUAGUCAAAGAGCUAAAGCGAAUUGUUGAGACGAGUGAAAUCGUCAAGGAAGAUGACUCAAACUGGCCCAAACCAAACAUCGUAGGCAAACAGGAGCUCGAAAUUCGUAUCGGCAACGACCAUAUUUCCUUCCACACUGCCAAGAUUGGAUCAUUGAUGGACGUUUCAGAGAGCGAGGACCCAGAAGGAUUACGCGUGUUUUACUAUCUUGUCCAGGACGUCAAAUGCUUGGUCUUCUCCCUCAUUUCUCUUCACUUCAAGAUCAAGCCCAUCUAA